UUGAAUCAUUUCAUUGUUGUGUUGUGUUUUUUUUACUACUGAUGAUAAUGAUGAUGAUGAACAAUGAAAACGAUUUGGAAAACGGCAAAUAAAAUCGGCAUCGCAAUUUGGAAUUAUCCAGUGAAUGGCAAACAUACACAUCAACAUCAACAUUUAUCAUUAUUCAUUGGAGAAGUGGUACACGUACAACAAGAAUGUCAACAUUGGUAUUAUGGUUAUCGUUUGACAAAUGAACCGAAUAAACUUGGUGUUUUUCCAAGAAAUUAUAUUCAAAUUCAAAAUGAUGCAUCAUUGGAUGGCGAUAAUAAUAAUUAUAAUUUCGAACAAGAAACCAUCUUGAUUCUAUAUGAAUGGAUUAAUUUGCUUAAAAAAAUAUUCGAGAAUGGAGAUAUGGAAAAAUAUUCAACCGUUCGUAAUUUAAUAUUACCAUUGAUUGAAAAAUAUCAGCUACUUAAAUCUGGUAAAUUGACAACAAGUGAAUUGAAAAAACUUCGAAUCGAUAUUAUCGAUACAAUCGAUCUUGGAAACAAACAUUUAAAUUUGGAUCUAAUUGUUCGCGAUCAUGAUGGAUCAAUUAUUGAUCCAUUCGAACGAAAUAUAAUCGAAUAUUUUGAAUAUCAUUGGGAAAAGUCACAAAAAUUGCGUUCAAUUUUUCGCAAUUCAAAUGAUUCGAAUUCUUCAAUACGACAGGAAUCAAGUUUAUUAUAUACUGUUCUUAAACAAUCCGAAAAUGAUGAUGAUCGAUUCAAUUAUAAUAAUUGUUACAAUUUUUGUAUAACAUUAUCGAAUUUCAUCUGUAUGAUUAAACAAGAUAUGAUUAUCAAUAUGGCCAUCUAUGAUGCUGGUAAUCAUAAAUUUAUUACAGAAAAUUAUAUCGUAAAAUGGGAAAAAACUGGUUUUGUUCGUGAAGUGGAAAAAAUCAAUAAUAUUCGUGUUGUUUUUACGGAUUUUAGUGCCAAUGAUUUAUUUCAUAGCAAUAGCAAUAGUAAACAAUUAUAUUUAGUUUGUCAAGUAAUUCGUGUUGGUACCAUGCAUAUUGUUGAUCAUGAUCGUAUGCGGAAAGCUACCUAUUCAAUGAUGAAAAAACCUGAUGUUGAAGAAUUGAAAAGACCAUGUGGUGUUGCCGUUUACAGCCUGAAUGAUGUAAUCAAUAAUCAUAUGGAUCAAAGAGAAAAAAAAGAAAUAUUCGUACCAUUAGUAAUGUAUUCGGAACGUGAUUCAUUGGAUUCAUUGUUACGAAAAGUGAUUCGUGAUCCAAAAGAUGCAAAAGAUAUGUGUAAAACACAAGGUUUUAUUAUAUCGAUUUUAUUGUUUGCUAGUUAUAAAAUGCAAUUAUUGGAUAAAUAUCGUAUGUAUUAUGCACAAUAUCCCAGUUAUAUUGCACGAAAAAUUGGUUUCAGAGAUAUUAUUCUACCUGAAGAUGUACGAAAUGAUUUAUAUCUAACAUUGGUUUCCGGUGAAUUUCAUAAAGGAAGUAAAAAAUCAGAACGAAAUAUUGAAGUAACAGUGAAAAUCAUUGAUGAAAAUGGCAUGGUGAUUAAUGAUUGUUUAGCCGUUGAUUCACAUAAUACAAUGGAUUCAUUAUAUCGUAGUGUUGUUUAUUAUCAUGAAGAUAAACCAAAAUGGAUGGAAACAAUUAAAAUCGUGUUGCCGACUGAAAAAUUUCCUGAUGCACAUUUGAAAUUUACGUUCAAACAUCGAUCAUCGAAUGAGAAUAAAGAUAAGAAUGAAAAACCAUUCGCCAUUGCAUUCAUUAAAUUAAUGAAUGCUGAUGAAACAACACUGGCAAAUCAAAUAUAUCGACCAUUUAUUUAUAAAAUAGAUUCAAAAAAAAUUAAUGAAAAUGAUAAAAGCUAUUUAUCGUAUCCAUCCUGUAAAAACGACCUUAAACAAUUGGAAGACAAUAACAACGUUUUGUCCAGCAAUUCGAUUGAAUCAUUAACAAGACAACAGCCAAUAAAUAAACAGAAACUAUCAACAAUGUAUGUUCAUAGUGCACGUGAUAUAUUCACCAUAUCGGUGGUUGUCUGUUCAACGAAAUUAACGCAAAAUAUUCAAAUACUAAGCCUAUUAGGUUGGAAAGAGAAUAAAAUUUCAUUGAAUGAAAUUUUAAUGAAUGUACAAAAAUUAGAAGGUAGUGAAAUAAUGAAAUUCCUGUAUGAUGUAUUGAAUGCCUUGUUUGAAAUAUGGAUGGAUCCAUACACACGUUCCGAUUAUGAUCGUCAAAUAUUCGAUGCAUUAAUCUAUAUUAUAAAACAUUUACUACAAGAUAAAUAUAUUCACUUUCAAGAAAUUCUUAAUGAAUAUAUUGAAAAACAUUUCAGUGCAACAUUGAUUCACAUGAAAUUGAUUGAAAGUUUCAAGUAUUAUAUAGAGAAUCCUGAUUCUAUUGCUAGUUAUCAUACGGUAACGUGUAUGGAAUUUAUAUUUAAAUUCAUAAUUCGAUCAAGAAAUCUAUAUGUCAUAUUGAAUGGUGAUAAAAAUCGUGAUGAUUUCGAGACAGCAUUGGAAGAUUUGUUUGAAUUAUUCACACGACUAAUGGACAUAAUGGAAACCAAAGACGAAAUGAAUGGUGAAAAUAUUAUAAAAGUAAAAUUAGGAAUAUUGAAAUAUUUUCCAAAAAUCAUUAAAAAUGUUUUGACCAUAUUUGAUGAACGAAAAUUGGCAAUGAAAAUGAUCAAAUUGAUUAAAAAUAUUCCAUGCACUGAAUUAAGUGUACAAAAAUUGUCAUGUAUACAUGAAAUUGUUGAAAGUGAAUUAUAUAGUGGCUAUCCAGAAUGUCGCCGUAAAUUAGUGCCAACAAUCAAUGUUCAUCUACAGACUGCAUUGGUGAUUGUUGUUGGUGAGAAUUUUCAUCAUGAAAAAUUGGAAAAAUGUUUGGCCAUUAUAAGUGAUGCAUUGAAAAUAUUGAUACAACAAAAAGAUUUACGUAUUAUCAAAUAUGAUAUUAAUGAUUUUGUACAGAUACUAUUACAGCCAAUGAUUGAUACAUUUUUAUCAUUUCAAAUGCAAAAACGAAACGAGAAUACAUUUCGUCAUAAAAUGUGGUCAAUCAUAAUUGCCAUCAUGUAUCAAAUGACUGAUUAUCAUUAUAAUGAAUUUUUUAAUCGAUUAAAAUGUAAUCAUGAAUUUGAACAAUUCAUACGAUCCGUAUUGAAAAUUUUUGAUCAUGCAACCAAAUUGAUUUAUCCAACCGAUUGGUCCUAUAUGAAUAUUACGCAAAAUGUUGUCAUAUUGAAAGCAAUGACAAGAAUUAUAAAUUUUACCAAAGAAAAAAUCUAUUUCGAUGAUUUCAGUAUCGAUACAUGGAAUCAAUUGUUUCUCAUUUCGAUUAAAUUCAUUACUCAGCCAUCAUUAAUGUUGGAAUCAUUUACAUUUUGUAAACGAAAACGUAUGGAAAAAAAUUUCAAUAAAGACAUGCGUUUAGAGAUGAUCAUUUUGAUACGUUCAUUAUGGUUUCAUUUGGGUAAUCAUAAAGCAGAAUUUAUACCAUCAUUGAUUGGUCCAUUACUUCAAGUGGCACUAAUACCAAUGUUGGCCAUACGAAAAGAUACGAUUGUCAUAUUUUUCGAUAUGUUUUUAUGUAUGGAAAAAAUGGCAAUUUUUCGUGAUGAAAUGCUCACUCAAAUGGAUCUAUCAAUCACUGCCGGUAAAGGUGACAGAAAAUUCAAACAAUUAUUGACGAACAUGUUUAUUGAAUCAAGUGAAAAUCAUGAAGAAUAUGUGAAAGAAAAUUUUGAAAAAUUUGUCGCUGAAAUUGGUGAACAAAUUGAAAAAUUAUUAAUCUAUCGUAAUGUUGUUAAAAAUGUUGAUAAUUAUGAAUCAUUAAUGAGUGCCAUAAUUGAUUUGCUUGAUUUUUAUGAACGUAUUGAUCGAAGAGAAUUAUAUAUUCGUUAUCUAUAUAAAUUAUAUGAUCUACAUAUUCGAUAUGAAAAUUAUAAUGAAGCUGCAUAUACAUUAUCACGUCAUAGUAUAUUAUUAGAAUGGUCGGAUAAACAAUUGGAACAAUUAUUACGACAAAAUAAUGAUGAACGUUUUAAUAAUAAUAAUAAUAUCUAUAAUUCACAUCGUGAAUUGAAAGAAAAAUUAUAUUUUGAUAUUAUUGAAAAUUUUAACAAAGGUCAACUAUGGGAAGCCGGUAUUGUUUAUUGUAAAGAAUUGAUACAACAAUAUGAAAAUGAAAUAUUCGAUUAUGUAAAGUUGUCCAGUUUGUUUGAAAAAAUGGCAUCAUUCUAUAAGCUUAUCAUAUCCAGUGUCCGAAUUGAACCGGAAUAUUUUCAUGUAACCUAUUAUGGUAAAGCGUUUUCAACAUUUUUCCAGAAUAAAUCAUUUAUAUAUCGUGGAAAAAGUUAUGAAAGAUUGUUUGAAUUUACAAAACGUUUACAGAAUCAAUUUCCACAAGCACGUUUAUUGGACAAAUUGGAUAUACAGGAAUCUGAACUAGCUAAUCAAAAUGAUCAAUAUCUGUCCAUUUAUCGUGUUGAUCCUAAAGUUAGUGAUGAAGUGAAGAAUAAAUUUUUACAAACACUGGUUGAUGAAAGAAUAAUUAAAUAUUAUCAAUAUAAUGAAAUUAAUCGUUUUACAUUUUCAAGAAAAUUAAUCAAAGAUGCUUAUAACCAUGAUGUAUCAAGACCUGUAUCGAAUGAGUUUGCUUGUAUGUGGAUUGAAAGAAGUGAAUAUCGUACAGCGUUUUCAUUGCCCGGUAUAUUGUAUCGUUCGGAAAUUAUCGAAAAAUUCACAUAUCAAUUGAAUCCAUUGAAAAAUGCUAUCGAUACGAUGGAAAAAAUGAAUGAAAAAACACGUAUGAUCAUCUAUAGAUAUCUAUUGGAUGAUGAUAAUAAACAUCCAUUGCAUAAUCUGUUGAUGCAUAUCAAAGGUAUUGUUAGCUCUGAUGUUCAAGGUGGUGUUUCCAAAUAUGAAGAAGCAUUUUUCGAUAAUGAUAAUAAUAAUAAACAUGAUGAUGAAUAUGAUAAAGAAGAUUUGGAUCAUCUGAGAAGAUUAAUUGUCGAUCAAAUACCAUUGUUAGAUUUGGCCAUUAAAAUAGCUGAUCAAAAACAACGGCAACAUGUUAUUAAUCAAAGUAUGGAUGGUCUUUAUCAAUAUAUUGUUGAAUCAUUUGAAAAAAUGCGUAAUGAUGUCCGAUGUAAAUAUGAAGAUAUCUAUCAUGGUGAUCUUCCUGCUGAUAUGCAAAAAAUUAUUGAAAAUCAUUAUAAAAUGCAACGAUUAACCAUUUCAAUGCCUACUGAUACAGCUCAAAUAAUCUCACAUCGAAAUUCAAUCGAUGGAACAAUGACAUUAACCAAACGAUCAUUAUUUGGACGAUCAAACACAAAUGCCGCAAACACUUUGACAAAUACAUUACGUUUUCGACGAAAAGAUUCACGACGUUUGAAUCCAGAUUCAUCAAAUUCAAUAUGUUAUUCAUCGAAUGCAAACAUUUCACAAACACAAUGGUAUACAGAUCAUCAUAAAAAAUCGACAGGAAAUUUAAGUUUUAUUUCUGAUACAAACAACAAUAAUAAUGAACAACAACAAUCGCCAUCAUCAAAUAAUCAAAAUGAAAAUUUUAAUAAAUCAUCACGAAUUUCAUCACGACCAUCUAGUGGAAAUUAUAGUAGUUCACGUACAUCGAUACAAAGUCAAUUAAGUGUCUAUUAUCCAAUGUCUACGUCAUCGAUAUCGUUGGAAGAAGAUCAAGAUGAAUUACCGCCAGAAUUACCCGAUAAAAAAAACGUAUAUCAGUCACCACCAGAAUUGCCUUCACAUUCAAGUUUGAAAAAUUAA